AUGCCCAAGUUCAGCAACAACCUGCCCAAGAUGGAGGACGUCAUGAAGACGCAGCCCCAGCCCCAAGUCUUGAGAGAUCUUCUCGCUGCCCGCCGAGUUCAAGCCGCUGCCAUCAUCCACAACGACUUUCCCUCCAAGAUCCUCCACAUCCAAAAGCUUCUCGAAGGCGAGAACGACCCAAACUCGCCAUUCUGGAAGGACAUCGUCUUUGAAAAGGCUUACGCGGAGCCCACUAUCGGUCAACCAGAGCUCCCUAAGGGGAUUGGCGGGCUAGACCUCAAUGACAGUAAUGGAAAUGGUGCUGCGAGCGAAAGCGAGGAGGGGACGAUGGGUAAGGACAAGUUUCAGGUCGUGUUGCCCCAAGACAUUGUCACUCGCUCGACCAACCUCACUGAGGAGCAGGAGGGAGGUGUCCGGAUGGGAAUGCACUGGUUUGAGGUAUUCAAGGUCAACGAGACGCAGAAUGAGUGUAUCAAAAUCAUCACCAAGGAGCUCGAAGACCUUCACUUUUUGGCUCAAGAUUUGAAACUCUGGCUUGAUCUAGAAAUCCCUCUUAUCGAAGAUGGAAAUUCUUUCGGUGCCGAGGUCCAGCAGCUCGUCAUCCGCGAGCUCUUGGACACGUACAAAAAGUGCAACAGCAUGCAGAAUGGCGUGCGGGCUCAUUACACCGACAGGGUGAAGUUGGGCAUGGACUGGGCGAAAUACCCAAAUAUGGCCGACUGGAAGGCCGCUAUCGUGGCUAGCGACCGAUUCGACCACUUCCUCCUCCGGUCAUAUCUCCGAAACAUUUUGAUGUCAUACAGCAGUGUCCUCACCAAGAUGGAGCGUAACUGGUCCAAGGUCAUCAACCCGAAGGGCAGCAGCGACGUUGGGGGGAUGUAUUGA